AUGCCCGAAGAAAAGGAGAAAGUUAUUCCUGUGCGUGUUGCUUUGAGAAUAAGACCGCUAGUUCCGAAAGAAGUCGGUGAAGGUUGCAAGCAAUGUAUCAGAUGUAUACCAGAGAAUACCCAAGUUGUCAUGGGCAAUGACAAAGCCUUCACUUACGACUAUGUGUUCGAUACUACAAGCAUACAAGAGGAUCUGUACAGUGAAACAAUAAUUCCGUUGCUCGAAGGCUUUUUUAAUGGAUAUAACGCCACAGUUCUCGCAUAUGGACAAACAGGGUCGGGAAAGACAUAUUCCAUGGGAACAGCAUUUACAACGUGUAACGAGACGUCAGAGGAGAGAGGUGUGAUUCCAAGGCUGAUCGAGACUGUAUUUCACUGGAUCAAUGAAAGAAAGGAAAAAACUGACUUUUUGCUGAAAGCAUCAUUUUUAGAGGUACAGAUGGAAAUGUGUAGUAUGUGAGUGAUCGUUAGUGUGAUGUUUUGAUCGUAAAUGUACGUGGAAUUAAUUAUUUUGAUCAGUAGCAAACUAGAUUAUAUUUAUAUAUCCCUUCCUCUCAUUUGAUAACAAUCCUUUUAAAGGUUUGAAAAAAAAAUUGCGUGAAUAAAUGCUCAUGUUAACUGCUCUUUGAAGACAAUUUUUUCUUUUAUUUGUCCUGGCUCAUAUUCUUUGUGGGAACAAAUUUUGAUUCUAUAUUUUCUAGAUUCACAAUGAAGAAAUACAUGACCUUUUGAAUCCUUGUUCUUCUGAAGAAUGUAAGAUUGCCAUAAGAGAAACACACGAUGGUGGAAUCAAGGUGAAUGUGAUUGCUAGUGUUAAAGUGUUAAAGCGGAACUGGGAGACUUAGGAAGGCACUUACACUCAGCACAAUAAUAAACUUGCUCACUGGAAAGGUCUCCUUUUGAGGAGCAAACAAAAGUUACAAUGUAAGAUUGUAAAUGCCUUGUUUGAUAAAAGGUUACUCCCUCUAACAACAGUUAGUUGAUUUAUUUAUUACUGUAACAGUACUGCUAAGAGUAUAAUGUAUCUAUGUAGCAUCUUACUUUAUGUUUAACACUGAGGAAAUAUGUCACCUUUAAGAUCGGCAUGUUCCAGAGCUCCUCAGCUCUUGCAAAUAAAAAUCCUUAAAAAUUAGAGGUCGAUCAAUCUUUGUCAUAUGGUUUUUUUGUCAACUAAUGUUUCCUGUUUACAAGAUCCUAUCUUUAAGAACCUUUAUUGUUGAGCUGACAUUACUUUUUAAUGUUAUCCUAACACAAUAUGCAGCUUUACACUUUUUCUUAACCUUUUAAUCCAUAAAAAAAUGAUUAGUAACUAUUUACCCCAAUCAGUAUCAGUUCCCUUAAACAAAGACUGAGGUCAUGAGAAUAAAGGAAAUGAUCACCAACUUAAAAAGCUUUUGAUUGUUGAACAAAUUCUCCUCAUCAGCACCUGAGGAAAUCUAUGGAGAACUGUAUGAAGAAUAUGCAUUCUGAUGUUAGGGUGUAAAGGGUUAAAUUUACACAAAUGAGCUUCAUUUAGACAGCUGUAUGCAAGUUUCCCAUGGCCGUGUCACUCAAUCUGUUAAGAUUUUUUGUGAUGUUGGUGCCAAUUUGAUAAAAAUGGAUUUUAGUACUGUAAGUACAAGUUUAUGUGGUGAUGAAAGUUGUCUCUUAAUUUCGUUGUAUACAUAAAUCUUAAACCCCAAAGUGUAGAAGCUUUCUUGUAACUCAGAGAUUUUUUUUUUCAUAGAUUGCUGGUUUACAGGAAGUGGUGGUAACAUGUGGGGCUGAUAUGGUGAGAUGCUUAGAGCAGGGAUCUGCAUCAAGGGCAACUGGAGCCACUGCCAUGAACAGCAGAUCAAGCCGCUCUCAUGCCAUAUUUACAAUAACUUUAGAGCAGAAGGAGCUGCAAGGGUAACUGAUCUUAAGGAUUUUUUGAGGAUCUUUUGCUUUCUUUUGUUUUCCACUAAAGAUAUAUUUUGGCAUGCCCAAAAAUUUUGACUGGUUGGAUCAAAUAUAAAUAUUCCCAUAUAACCUCAAAGAUAUUUUAUCCUAUAAAAGUUCAAAUGAAGUCUUUAAAGUAUUUUUGAGGAUCUCUUUUUUGCACUGAAAUCUAAAAAACAAAGAUUUUUCAGGCCUUAUUUCAACUACUAGUCUAGUUCAGUAGUGUUCAUAACAGUGAGGAUUGCUUCUGUAUUUUUUUCUUCAACCGCAGUGCACAUAUAUAUAUAUAUAUAUGAUUUUCAUAUAUUUACUGAAGAUUUCACAUGUUUUCACUUGGGAUGCAUGUAGGUUAAAGGUUUUUAGCUGAAAAUAAUGUUAUCGAAAUAGCGUCUACUCUUAUUAUAGAGUAAAGCUCCCAUUUACACUAUGGUCUUUCCCUCUUGUUGAACAAGUAAAGAAGAAUAAAUUGAGUGGUGCACAAAAUCUGUAACUAUGAAGAUGCACAGAAAAGGGCUUUCCCCAACAAAAUUUUCAAAGGUUGGAGAGAGGUGCCAUUGGUAAUCUAUUUUUCAGAGUUCUCUCUAUUAAAUGUUUGAUUUGAUAGUUAUUUUCUACAACAUUGUUUAAAGGAGUGAACUCAAAAAAGCUAAGUUUCAUCUGGUGGAUCUUGCUGGUUCUGAAAGAGUAAAGAAGACGCAUGCUCAAGGGGAACGCCUCAAGGAAGGUACAACCUAACAUUGUUUUAAAAUGAUGUGUUUUUUUUUUAUAAAUUUGUAGUAUGAACGUGACUGCAGAGUAGAUAUGAUUUUAUUUUAUUUUCUCUUUUUUCUAAAGUCAUUUGCACUUAGUAAAGCCUUAAGUUGAGUGUGUGAGUAGUGAUUUGCUUCCAGACCCCUUUCCAUUUUUUACUUCUUUAUUUUGCAACGUCAAGAUCGCAAAUGACCUUGCUGAUGACUAAUUUUUUUUUUUUUUGGGGGGGGGGUCUUUUUAUCCUGUUUAGAGUAGUGAUUUGUGGCAACGAAAAACAAUGUUUCGUCUGAGUCCACGUUCCAAUCCCUUAUCAAUAAUUCCUGGAUAUGCUCCUCAUUCUCUACCUUCUAUUCCAAAAUAUCGUUCCGCAGGUAUUAACAUCAACAAAGGGUUACUAGCACUAGGUAACGUUAUCAGUGCGCUUAGUGAUGAGCUGAGGAAAUCUAACGCACACAUUCCUUACCGAGACUCCAAGUUGACCCGUCUUCUUCAAGGUAAAAAAAUGCGCUCGAUAGUAUGUGUCACUGUACGGCGCAAAACCAUCUUGUUUUGUAUUGAGUUUUUUUGCCUUUUUUUCUGCAUAUUUGUGUUCUGUUUUUGUUUGUUUUGUGUUUUCCUAAUCAUGUUUUAUAUUAGUGUGUUUAUUUAUUCUUUUCGGUAACGAUCAUCCUUGAAAGUCAUUUGGAUUAGUAGUCACUCAGAGCAUUUUCGAGUAACAUGACGUCAUACAUCUGGGAUGAAGAAUGUGGAGGGGGACAGGGGGGCGCGGCUCGGGAGGACAGGGGGUGGGAGAGGGCGGGAAGCGGAAGCAGAAAUGAAGCAGGGGAUAGUUUGUUGUUUACUACUGGGUAUUAUUCAGUCAAAAACACUUAUCUAGCAAAGUUUUGAAAUUCCCGUUUAACAUCCACCAAUGCUUAAAAGAAAAUUUUGGAAGGAAGAAAACGUAAAUUGGUACUCGGGCUGGAAAACCAGUAUUACUUCCGGUGAAUUUGGAAAUUCCUUCAAUUCGAUUACGUCUUAGGUCGUGAACUGUAAUAACUUUCAUCGGGACCCAAUGAUCCCCCCGCCAAAGCAAAGGCCAGGAAUGAACUAGAAUAUUAAAGAAUGUUAAGUUUUGGCACAGUUUGAAAGUUAAACCCGGGUUUCUGAUCCUCUUGAUUAACCUGAAGGCGGGAACAACACAAUGAAGAGCAGGAGUUGGGAGGCAAAGGGGCACAAAACUACGGGAGGCGGAAGACUCUGACCCACUCUCUUCCCCCACAAGAAUGAUUUCAUGUGACCCGCGCAGAAUCAUAUGUAGCAUAAUUGCUAAAUAGACUUUUCUAGAUGAAAACUUCAUUCACUAUUUCCACGCAUGCGCAUGUGUCUACAGGAGGAGUUUCAACCAAAAAACGAUUGCUGGCGUUCUACCGCCGUCUGUUUGGCCUGGAAGAUGGCUCUUGCGUUCGGGUCAUGCCGAUCGGCCCCUUUUCCGGUUAUUGAAACACAUAAAAUGUUUGAAGACACGUCAAUUGCAUAUGUAUCUCAGGUACAUGUAGCCUAUCAGGGCGAUGGCGAUACAAAAGUUGCGAUGGAUGAAACGAAUUGCGAACACAACGGGUUGUGCCUCGGUGUUACACUCUUGUUCUCGUUCACUCUUUUUGCGCUUCCUAGGAGAGCCUAUUAAUGAUAACGGCUUUGGAGGGAAUAGACUCUCAAGUGCUUUUUUUUUUUUUUUUUUUUUUGCAGACUCUCUCGGAGGAAACAGUAAUACCUUGAUGAUCGCUUGUGUCAGUCCUGCAGACAGUAAUUUCGAGGAAACCCUUAACACGCUUCGUUACGCGGAUCGAGCGAGACAGAUAAAAAACAAACCAAUUGUUAAUCUUGAUCCAGCCGCGGCCGAACUGGCGCGACUUCGCCAACAGGUAACUAAGACGUUAAAAAGAACACAAACUUAAACAUCCUUAUCAUUUAAAUUAAUUUCCUUCUGAUCCUUUAAUGAAUCUGGCGUGAAGAUAUAUAUAUAUAUAAGAAUAAUUUAGUAUCACAAGUUAUUUUCUUAUUUUUUUAUUUAUUACAAGUUGUUGUUUGUUUCUUGGUGUUUCUUUGCUCAUUCACCCUUUCAUUUGGAUACACCUUGUAAAUUUUCUUGGGAAUUGAUGUAUUACACGUUUUACAAAACGUCUUGAAUAUGUCCACCUGCAUCCGCUUUUUGUUCGCUCAUACAGUUCAUCUAAACGUGAACGUGCCAAAGAUGCCGAAGGAAAUACUGUUGUUACGUUUUGGACAUUUCUGUUAAAAUUGGACUCAAAUUAUAUCUUAAUUGUAAACUGAAUAUCAUGUUGUUUACGGUAGGUUCAGCUACUUCAAGUGCAACUUCUUCAGGGACAAACCAUUACAGGAGUUAAUGCAGGAGGAGCGAGGUAUAGCUCAUAGUGAAUUAAUUUUGAAAAAAGGGUGGUUGUUUCGGAGAUUCCAAAGUAAUCUAUGGUAUAACCAAUCCUGUGACGUAAAUUUGUCUCACAAGUGCAUCCCUUGCGGCUUCUGUUCUUUAUCUUUCUCUGUUUGCUUAAAAAUGUCAUCAAAGCUAUGUUGGGGGAGAAGGAGAUGACUUAUCAUACUUCUCCCCUCCGCUCGAAUCCGCUUCGAAUUUUGGACGAUUGGGAACGAACUACCGUCACCAGGGCGUUCACACAACACGUGAGAUGCAGAAACCUUGAAUUUGACUUUAACUAGGGAGGGAUUCCCACACGAUGUAGGCCUCUUUGGGGGAUUAAAAUCUCUUACCAGCUUAAUCCUCCCUUGAAUAAAAGGAGUAAGUUUCGAAAGAAACUGUGGUACAGCGUCGGUGGGAGAGUAUAAGAAGGUAAUUUAGUAAUAUCAACUGAGUUGAUAAUGUAAAUUAGCCACCGUAAAGAGUUUCAAAGCAAACGUUCCGAGCGUUAGCCCCCCGACAGAGUGAUAAUCCUCCCUCGACUGAGCUUAUUUUACGGUUUUGUUGGAAUUCUUAGCGACGAGAACCCUAAUGCUAUCAACAUCCAAGAAAUGACGGACAGGAUUACAGAACUCGAGGUGAGUCUCCUUGAAUCUUCAUUCUAUAAAUGUUUGCACGUUGAUGUAACCCCGUUUUCUUGCUUUUCCUCUCAAGAUCGAAACUUGUCUAUGAUGUGCUUUACUUGCAAUAUGACCGUGACCACGCUGUUCGAAUAAUGAGUUUUUAGAAGAAAGGCCAUAGUUUCUUGAUAUUAAGUUUGCACAAUUAUUUCGCAGCUUUUUCUUCGACCAUCCAGACCGGUUUACUUGGGUGACUUACUUAAAUACACCGUUUGCCAAUAGCUGUAAUAAAUAUGACCUUAUAAAACCGUAUUCCAGAAAAAGCUUGAUAUUUUUUAGCGAUUCAUUUCCCUCGCUUAUUUCUUUUAGUCUGAAAAUGAAAAGCUGAGCUCCGAGCUACACGCCUCUGUUGAUCAGAACACUCAGAUGUACGAGAAAAUGUUGGUGGUAAGAAAGUGAAAAAAAUUACUGUCAGUGCUUGAAGGGAAUUUUUGAUUUUUAUGAACUUCACUUAUUUUAAUUGUUAGCAAAAUAUAAACAUUUACCGUUUACCUUGCGUGUGUGUAUUUUGAUACCAUGUUUUCGUUUAUACUUUUAGGCUGAGUUAGCUCGCGAUAAGAUGCUGCGAAAAUUCAAUGAGCUGAAAGGACAUUUUAGGUAGAAAAGCUGUUGUAUGAUUUGACGGAUCAAAGUCAGUCUCUGAGCAACUGUGCACCUAGCCCCCUUCCCCCCCUCCCUUCCCCCUCCCCACAACAACAGUCAACUAAUAACAAGUUAGAGCUAAGUUGGGUUAGGGGAGGGGUAGGUUCGCAGUUGCUUACAAACUGACAUUGACGUUACUUUUAAAAUAAACUGUUCAGAAUGUAGCAAUUAGAUAUAUUUUUUUCAAAUUCUCAUUUUCCACUUUGUUUUUCUUUCAAAGCAUUAGCUACAACGUGAUUUUUUUUUUUUUUCGUUUUUCAGCUCUAAAAUCACUGCAAAUGUAACCGAGUUGACGGACGAUAGCCAGGCUGAUAUGACAUUGGCCGAGGAACUUCAAACAAAGCUGCAUGAACUCGAGGUCAGUAUCUUCACAAAACCACGAAUAUAUUUGUAUUUUUUAAUUUAUUUCCAGCUAACAAAGAAACAGCGGAUUAAGAACACCACGUGUCACGGUCUCACGGAAAUGAAUGCCUUAGUUGCUUUAGUUCAACAAAGGAGGUCAAAGGUUGACAUCAUCCUGUCAUUUGUUUCUUUGCUGUCCAGGCUCCCACUCGACAGCUUAGUCGCCGACUUGUUUGCCCCCUUUAGUUUGGAUUUUUAACAACCAUUUUUUUUUUCGUUUAUGAAUCGAUAAAUAACGUGGGGAUGCCAUAGACAUUACUAUACAUUAAUUAAGUCCUUUUUAUUUCAUUUUUAACAUUUACUUUUGUGUGUUUCUGCUUUCAGGAGAGUAUUAGCUCAACUACAAAGUUGGAAGAUGUAGUUAAGGCUGAAGAGCAGGUUUGUGUGGGAAAAUUCUCCCAAAUUUCAUGUGUACGUAAGACUAAAAUUGCUUUAACAACGACCAAGAGUGGUACUUGUAAAUGCUACCGUUUUUCUCAUGGCAGUACCUACCCAUAUCUGAUCCGUAAAUCUCUAUCUAGCUGUUGAUUCCCUUUUAAAUUAAUGGAGAGAGUUCGGUGAAUUAUCAAGAUGACUCUCUUCACCUGAUACAUGUAAGUUGUAAUUUAAUGACUUUUUGAUGAAUUAAAUUAUGAAAAGUUACAUUUUAGUCCUGGUUAGUUGAUGAUCACAAAAAAGUAAAAUUGCUUGAGAAGUAUUUCUUUACAGUUUUGCCAAACGACCAUUGACUAGUGAUGCUAAUUUUUUAGUCAAUGAUCACGAUCUGCUUCGCUUUUCUUAUUUUCAGUCUCCCAGUGACACGGAAGACCCGGAUGAGUGUGACGGAAGCUCUGACCCAAGCUCCCCUUCGGACGCGUCGUUUGUUUCUCAGCACGCUUUGAGGCGAGCAGAGCUUGGAAGGCAACUCCAAGAAUUGAAUAAAGCGCUGGCUCUUAAGGAAGAGUUAGCCAAUAAGAUGGUGUCGAAUGACGCACGGUUGUCGAAUAUGAGAAAACAGUAUGAGGUCAGUGAGAGUUAACGACACGAUAAUGUUUUUCUAGUUUAUGCCGUUUGUUGAUUGAUUGAUUCUUCAUUCUUUGAGGUUCUGAUUCUUCUUUAUUCGUUCGUUUUUGCUGCAUUUGUUUAUUCCCUCAGUGCAUUUUCUCCCUGUUAAUUUCACUUACAUGGUGAAAUGUUUGUCUCUAACUCAUGACUCUUAAAAAAUCGCGACAAACCUCGGCCCAACACUCUUUCAAUUUAUGGUUCUCUUCAUUUUGUGCAGGACACUGUCCGCGAACUGGAGGGUGAAAUUGCGAGGUUGGAGAAGGAAAAGGCGAGUCUUAACGUCGCCUUAACCAACAAAAAGUCUGAGGCAUCCGACAGGUAAGCGUGAACUUGCCUGAUUUUAGAGAGGGUCGACCCCCCUUAUCUCACUUACCCCUAUCUUACAGAUGCACUUUUUGGUGUAACAUUCAUCUUUGUCCUUUCCAGCAAAAUGAAUGAAAGGAACAGAAAUAGAAUCAAAGAACUGGAGGCCAAAAUUUCAGAUCUGAAGAAGAAGCAGGUUAGUUCAGUUCUCAAUUAUUGAUUUCGUUUGUUAGUACUGAUUCUUUUGGUACCUUCCUGUUAUUAAAAAUUGUACUUUUUUCAAUUGCAUUUGCAAAUAUCAUCACGUGUGAGAUGAUAAAUAAACGAUGCGUGCAUGUAACAACCGCAGACGUUUGAGUUCUUGAUAAUUUCAUUCCACUUAAAACAAAAGAUUGAUACCUCAAGGCAAUAAUAGCUCGUAUAUUUUGGUGGCCUAGAAUGUUCAAAGAACAAGGAAAAGUGUUGUUUAUUUAUCAUUAUUUGUUAUCAGGUUGAACAACAUAAACUCUUGAAAAUGAAGGAACAAAGUGACAGCACUAUAAAGAAACUAAAUUCUGAGAUUCAGGUAAGAGGUGAUCAAACGAAUUGCCUCGAUUUUUCUCCGUUAUUACAGGAAGGAACUUCAUAGUUCAAAUCAUAGGAUUUGUCCGGACAGCUUAUGAGUCAGAAGUCCCAUCCUGCUUAUGCCCAUAGCAGGGUUGUAAUUAAGAAUUAAGGCUGGUAGGUGAAAAUAUCGUGACCUCAGAAGUGUCUGUUGUGCUUUACCAAGUGAUUGCCUGCGAAAAUUCCAGCCGGCGAUCACCGCUUUUUUAUCCCGCGAAUUUCACCGGCAGCCAGCGCUUAGUGACAAUCCUGCUAUUCCGAUUUCUUAAGUGCCAAACGACGAAGAGGUACGUAAAAACCGAUGAAGAGCUUGGCUGCUUGGGAAUGAAGGACAUUGCCAUGGAUUGGAACUGACAAUCCUUAAAAACAUUUUUGCUCAAGUUCUCAAAAUGCACGAGUGAUACGUGGCGCCGUAAGGGUAGAAUUUUCCACUAAGUAAAAAACUAUUCUGUUCGCGAUUUUGUUUGCUCUUUUUUUUAACCAGGUUCAAUUUAUAGGGAUCAUUUAUCCCCGAAUUAAUUUUUUUCUGGUUUGGCUGCUUUAUAAUUUUUAUUUAUGGGUAAUGUGAAUACUGAUAUGCUCUAACUCCAUGAUUUCACUACAACAACAAAAAAUAUGUCGUGUAACUAUCAUUUUCUGUCUAUUUAGGGUAUGAAGUCGAUCCGUGUCAAACUUAUGCGUCAGAUAAAAGAAGAAUCUGAGCGCUUCAGAGCGCUGAAGGCUCAAAAAGACAAGGAAAUCAAUCAGUUAAAGCAACAGGUCAGCGGUGGAAUGGAAUUGUUUUGUUGUAGUGGUUUUGGCAAUUGGUUGUUCAGGCCGGUAGAAGUGGCACCUAUAAUGGAAACGAUUCUUUUUUUUUGUUUUCGUUUAUAGAUACUUUUUGAAUGGAGUUUUGUUGAAGUAAAGUUUUGGGUGACAUUUUGAACUUCAAUAAUAAUAGGAGUAAUUAUCAUCAUCGAAACUAUCGUCGUUGUCGUUAUUUACCCUUUAACUCCCUUGAAUGACCAAGACAGAAUUUCUCCUUACAAUAUCAAUACAGUAUCAACCAGAUAAGUGAUGAGAAUAAAGAAAAAUUUCAAUUUGGAAAUAAUUUGUUGAUCCAAUACUAAAUUCUCUAAACUAACACUGUAAGAAUUGUAUGGUUGACAGUAAGGAGAGUUACAAAUUUGAUCUGGGAGUUAAAAGGUUAAAGUCAUAAUUAUGAUAAUAUGGCUAAAAACGCUAGGGGGGGUUAAUGGGCGUGGCAGAAUUAACUAGACAUCACAGUACUUUAAAAUUAACGCAAUUUUCACAACUUUCAUAGGGUCGCAAAAGGCAGUUUGAGUACAAGAAGCUGGAGAACAUUCAUCAGAAGCAACAGGCUGUCCUUAAGAGAAAAACGGAGGAGGUAAAUUGCACGUGACGUAAACGUGACUGGUAAUGUUGUGGGCACUAGAAUCACUUGUCAGCUGGUUCAGGCAUUUGUCGACGUAAACGAUUUUGUACUGAUGGACCCAAAAAACAUGAAAAUAUCAAGCCUGGUUUUAUGGGUUAAAAAGGGGGAUUCUCGAAUGACAUAUCCACUUUGAAACUUUUGAAAGUUAAUGAAGUAAAAUGAAAUGCGUAGACUUUUUGUCAAAUCUGAUCUUACUCAUCGUGCUGAGGUACAAAGUAAGUAAUUGGCCAUUCUUGGUUUGGGGUGGGGAAACCUUCGAAAACGGAUAAUGGGAAUAACAGUCUUGAAAAAAGGACAUGACUGGAGACUCUUCUGCAAUGAAAGGGUACAUGGAGAGAGAUUUUUUUCAUCUUGUCACAAGCUUGGGACAGAGAAGUAUUCGGAGUUCCUUAGAGAAAUUAAAUCCUCAUAGCAUCGAAUUCAAAGCUAAGCGUGAACAUCUUUCAGGUGUCGGCAGUUCAGAAGCGUUUGAAGAUGGCGCUGGAUCGUCAAAAAGAGGCGGCGGAGAAGAAAUCCAUGAUACAACAGCAACAACAAAAACAGGCCGAGGGACUUGUACCAAGAAUGAAGGUAUCUCCAUCAAGCACAGACGUCUUUAAUCUUCCUAUGACAGCUUUAAGGCUACUACUACGGCUUUGACGCCUGUUUACCACCAUUUAUUCGGUGGAAAGCCCUUGGUUUGGUGCCAGAUAAUAACUGCAACUAUUGCGCCAUUCAAGGAUUAAAAAAUAAAAACCAACGAACAUCGCUGCUUAAUUCGAAUUUUUUUUUUUUUUUUUGCUUUUGGGCUUAUGCGAUUCAUUUUGGCGCGCAUGAACUUUAAAACUCACCAGUCAUCUGGAAACCCUCGAUGAAGAGUUUUAAGCUCGAUGAAAUGUUAUGUUAACGGUGGUAGCAUCGGAGUUCCGAAUGUACGUUCUCGGAUCAGAAGCUAGGGAUGAGUGACCUUCGUUCUCGGUCAAAAAGAAGGCACCCAAAAUAAAUGGAAAACCGUGAAGUGACUUACUUCACGAGAUGAGUGCGUUUUGAAAACUUGGGUUUGCAAAAACUUAGAUUUUGCCUUUUUUCGUAGUCCUGGUUAGGUCAUGAAGUUGAAGGUCCUUGUGAGUGUGGGCCAGGCUAGACAGACACUAGAAAAUCUCAUUGAAGACAGGAAAGUGUUGUCGAGACAGCUGGCAGAGUUAAGAAAUCAGGAGCAGGAUGAGGAUGACGAACCUGCUGCUAAGGUACGGUUUGUCAGUCUGUCAAUUUGUCUGUCAGUUAGUCUUUAGUGGUGCUAUGAUAUAAAAGAUCCUUACCACCUAUGAUAGCUUUUGAUUUGUUUGAUCUCUUCAUCAUUCCAUUACGAGCAGUCCCUCCUUUUCUGCGAAGUCUGUCCAGCAAGUUAAAAAUAUUUAGCGAAGAAGAACAAAAAUAGAUGUAAGCGCGCCGCGCGGAACUCCAGGAGUGAGGCGUAGUACUUUUCGUGCGCCUAAUUCCCAGAGUUCAGCAUGGCUCUAAAGGAGGGACUGCUCUUAGUUCACGACCUCAUCACCUUUUGUUCUCACCUGGUGACUUUCAGUGUCCAUUUGACAUAUCAGUCCCCAUAAAGGUUCACCACUGAAACGUUGGCAGAAUUUCCUGAAGGGGUUUGCCUUGUACUUAAGAGUUAUGUUUGUGCUCACAAAUUCUGUAUUUUUAUGUCAUCUUGGGUGGAUGUGUAGAAAAUGGUCCAAGAUGCUGGCACUCCAAGCGACAAGAAAAACAAGUCUCAUAUUUUACAGAAAAGAAUCACCACCCUUGAACACGAGCUCGAACUAAGGUUUGUUUAUAGGUCGUCAAGAAAGGUCGAUAAUUUUUCUUUUUAUGUUUCAACUUUUGCUUCUCAUUCAAAUUACUUUAUCUUUUUUACUUCGUAAUUCUUUUCCUCCUCGUCAGCUUUCUCACCAGACUUUACGGAGUUUUUUUCAAGGCGUUUUACUGUGGUUUGUUUUUUUGGAAGUUAAGAUACCAAUGUUUUUAAAAAUAACUACCCCCUUACCAACGAUUCACGUUAUCUUUGACCAUUAUCUCCAGCAAUGUUAACGCAAAAGGCCGAAGAUAAGUUACUCGCUAACAGAACUUUUUUUUCUUUUCUCACAGGAGUUCCCAAAUCGCUGGGCUACAGCACAAGAUUCUUGAUGCAGAGCAAGGUAAAACUUAGCAUGAUCUUAGCUGAAGAUAAUAUGCAAGAGAGACUUAGAAUGGGAAUUCAGCAAUCAAAAGCUGCGAAACUGUUUGCUUUGAACAGCUAUUGACAGAUUCUUUGUUGAAAAGGCGAGACGGCCACGAUUAAGGAACCUGGUCUAGAUUUAAAAGAAAAAGGGAGAGUGAGAUUCACAGGAUCAGAACUUGUUCCGUACCUCCUUUCCCUAUUUCAAAGCGUGUUCUUUUCUUUAGCGGAAAACAUUCCAAUAAAAAGAACCUCUGAAAUAUUUGCCUACUCUCAGCAAUGCGAAAUGAUUUUAUCGUGAGUUUCUUUUCAAUUCAUGCCCUUAACCCGAACCCCCGUACCCAAUCUGAUUUCCCAUCAAUUAUAUGAUAGAAGUUAAUCCUUUGCAUUUCUAAGCAAUUUUGCAGCUGAUCAUCAAUGUAAAAGAGAGAUUUUUCUUUUGAAAAUAGGUGAAAAGUCGAGACAUCGCUGGAACAACAUUCACAGCAUGGCUGAAGCAAAAGCAGGGCUACAAGUUUUGCUAAACAUGGUGGGUUAUUUUCGUUUCCUGUCUCUUUUGUUUUCGAAUAGAGCGAUGGUCCACACAUACCGCAGAUAGCGAAAUGAUUGCAAUACACUUAAGUGUGUAAACUUAAUUUGAGUAUUUUUAAAAUUUUCGUAGGAAUCGCUCACGAUUCUCUUUAUCGUUCGAGUGGUAUUUUUCCGUCGCUGUUUACAUAAAUCUGCAAGAUAAACAGAAACUAUAAUUUUAUCACUGUCUACAGUUGAGCCAAAAAUGUGGAUUUUUGAAUUGAACGAAACGAAACGGGAAAAGUUUAGCUUUUAAUGUAAUUAUGUCAUAGGAAGAAAAAAUGUGAAGGACGAGGUAUUGGACCCAUUCAAAUUUACAGACUAAUUUCUGUUUCAAAGUGCACAUACAAUGCGUUACUCGAAGCGCAACAAGCCCGUCGUGGGCCCUGCCCUGUUUUUAAGUACAGAUGAUACCGACUGAAAUUCCAAUAUAUUGCUAUCUUUGUAGACAGUGGCGGCGACUCUUGUCAACACAAAGGCGGAGAAAUCUCGAGAGGAGUCUGAGUCCCAGUUAACAGAACUAAGGUCGCGUGAGGAGGUGAGUGAGAGAGAGCUAUGCGCACCACCGCAUAUGUGCAUUGAAAUUUAACUUAGCUCCGACGUAACACGGAAGAGCUGAAAGAAUCCUUUGGGAAGGACGUUCGGGUGAAGAUAAAGUGGGAAUACAUCGUUUCAGCUUUUCUGGGAAAAAAGACAUUUUCUAAAUGUCUAAAUAGAAUUUUAUUAGAAUAAAUUCUAAUAAAUGUGCUAUCUCGCGACUUAUUGGAAUAAUGAAUAUUUAUGAACGGCAAAUCGAAAUAUCCUUUGGAUGUCGCUUUUAAUUUAUCGGCGUCCGUACAUUUGGCGUAGAUCUUCAGGUUACUUACGUGUUAAUUUUACUGAAGCAGCCAAUUUCUGUUUCAGUCCAUGACUGAGGAGCAUCAGGCUGAAAUAAAAAGUAUUCAAAGAUCUCACGACAAUUUCGUGACACGUCUUAAGGAAGAACACGAGGAGAAGGUCAAAUGCCUUCUACAGCAAAUACCUUCCAGCGACGCCUCAUUUAAUUCCCAGCAGGAAACAAGGGAAGAGCUUCAGGUGGGAAAUAAUUAAAAGUUUUCUGCUGAUAACAUUUUAUAGAUUCUUGAUGAGAAAUUGCUCCCUUCCACGAUUAGUCUAAAAAAAUUGCACCACCCUGCCAUCCCAUCAAGGGCAAAACUAAAACCAUCCACGUGCUGGUCACCUGCGAUUUUUUUCGCGCUUCAGGCAGUUUUGCUUAUUAUUACUUUGAAUUCCCAUUGGCCCCUUGUGAAUUGUGAUAUUUUCCUGCUUCUGAUUGGCUGUUGGGAUUACUUUUUUCUGGUUCUACAACACUCAGUCAAUCGAGAACUGCCAUAAUCUAACUUCAUUGCCGUUUAUUUCCUUUUUACAGGAGCAACUUGAAGCGUUGAAAGAAGAGAACAACAACUUGAAAGAGGUAUGAGUCACAUGUUACUGUAUUUGUUCACAAGUUGUUUUAAUUAUUACCUAGGACGUCUUGCGAAGUUGAAAUCUCGAAAAGUGAGUCUCGAACCUUUAAAAAUGCGUCGUUCGAAUGUCACUUGAAAUUAUCACAGUCUGUAUCUUUUGAUUUAUGUGAGUGUUUCCUUUUUAGCAAUUGAGACAACUGAAGGAAGUCUUUGCAUCUGACUCUCCAUCCCCCAAACCAAAGAAACAGGUAAUUAAUGAAGAAAAAAUUUCUUCUAUCGAUUUUCUGCUUAUUCCACGAAUUUUGCGGGUUUUGUUUUCCUUUUCCGCUUAACUGUCCAAGAGAAAGUCUCAAUAUAUAAAGACGCGUGCUUGCAAAUAAAACCAGUAACUUAAGAUAAAAGGACCUCAGUUUCAUAUUGAAUGAAUCGAUCGUGGUUACCCUAUUUUCUCGGCAGAUUUAAGUUAUUCUAUCUAAGAUCGUAAACUUGUUCGUCGUUUUUUUUAACAACAUGUACGCGUGCAGAGUGCACUCAAACCAGUUUGUCCAGAUGUACAUGAGGGACUAACGUUGGAAACAUCAUUUUUCCGAUUUACAAAUUCUGAUUAAAUUUUGCACUUUUUUCAAGUUGUUUCCACCUGCUAGCCGAGGCAGCCCAAAAUUUACAAUCUUGCAUUCCCUUUUUUCCCUUAGAAAUCAAAGAAGAAAACUGUGGAGUUGCACGAACACGACGAGGACUGGGCUAUGGAUUUGAGUGAGGAGAGCGAACAGGAGGACUUGGUUGAGCUCGACCCAGACUGGGUGAAAACCCCUAUAGGCCGUCGUCCACAACGGAGGUCUGGACGAACCACCCGGUCUACUGACGCUUCUUCAUUGCUAGUCAACAAUUCUGGACAAGGACAGGUAACUGGGCAAUUCGAAGAUAUGGUAUCUUAGUGCUUUCUAAAGAGUUAACCAGUGCUUUUGAAAAAGCGCUGCGUCCGACGGAAUAACCAGAGCGUCAUUGCCCUGAUUUCCAAUCUCCUUCUGACAGGGGUGCGUUGUUCAUCUCGACGCGCUUGCUUGAAGGAGAAAUGUCUUUGUCGAGAGAGAAGGCGCUCGCUUUCCCUUGAUCAUGGAGGCCUGAGUGGCUUUCACGGGAAGAGCAGUUUAAAAUUACGUGGAUGAAGGGAUCAAUAAAAAGAUGAAUGAGUUAACCGGAAGAAAAGGAGAACGGACAGAUGUUACCAACGUACUGACUGACUGACUGACUGGCAGAUUGAUGGGUUGACAGAUUGAUUGAUUGAUUGACUGACAGGUUGAUUGCUUGACUGACUGAUCGAUUUGCUUCCAUUUUUUUAGGGAUGUAAGUGCACAGGGAAGUGUGCAACAAGUAACUGUCUUUGCAAGAAGAGCUCUGCCGCUUGUUCAGACGAAUGCGGAUGUAAAGCAGUGAAAUGUGUUAAUCGUCAACUGGUAUUUGUAUUUCAUGUUUACCAUACAUUACGUUUAAGUACCUUUUCAUGAGAAAGUACUUUCUCCUCCACUUUUUAACUGUUAAGAUUCUUCUAUUCCUCUUUCAGAAAUCUCUACAGGAAGUGCCAAUUGUGGAUACGGUAAUGCUAAGUGAAAAUGGAAAUGGUGAGGGAAAUG